AUGACUGCUGGAGAAUUAACACUGAAUAUAGGAAGCAAAUGUCAAGGACCAUGUAGGUGUACAGGUGGUGAUUCUACUGGCAUAACUGCCAGUAGGAAGGUUGACAACAAUAGCGCCAGAGGUUUUGUUUCUUAUAUCCAUGAAAGUAAUGACCCAUUCACUCUCAAGAGAGAGCUAACCAAUGGGGACAACCUAGGUGAUAAUGGAACUGAUAUCUCCGGUGUUGAGAAAGUCUCAAUCUACUACUGGGAUGGAGAUACUAACCAUAACAGGCCACUUCUCCUAGAAGUUAUCAAGAGCAGUGGUCCACAGAGCACAGAGUACUACUAUAAACAUGGUGGAGAAGAAACUGAAGCCAGGGGUGAUGCAAGAAUUUGGAGGCAUCAUGGAUAUUCCGCGGGAACGCCAUUGCAGACUAGACUUGAUGACCGUAACUGUGCUAUAAAUAAACGUAUACCAUUUGACAUUGACGAGCCCAUGAAAUAUAAUAACUUUAACUCCGAUGCUUCAAAAGGUAAAGGUAUAAAAUUUGGUGGGCCUCCUAUUCCGCUUACCGGGAGUGAUUAUAUGGUUACAACCUACCAGAUAACCGAUCAGACUCUUAAAUUAUCUAGAUUAGAAUACAAGAAGAAAAGGAUUGACGAAAUAAAAACUUCUCAUGAUGCACUUGAGGGAAUAAGACUAUACUCAAACACGGAGAUAUCCCAAGUGCCUGUUAUGAUUGAACUCAAGUCAAGUAAUGGAGGACCAUCUACCUUCUAUGCUACUAAGGACAAAGAUGGUAGAAACUGGCAACAAGUUGAUGGAAACACCGAUUUAUAUGAUGGUAAAGAGAUAUCUAGUAAGCCCAAAGAGGCACUUGCUAAUAAAUUAGACGAGUUAGCUUGCUCAUACCAUAAUGCGGUAACUAUGGAUAUUACCAAGAGAACAUCUGAGACUCACACUAACAAGAAUAAUGGAAAUGAUAGGUAUUGCUGUGAAAAGUGUUAUACUAAGAAAGUUACUGUAAAGGAAAUAAAAGUUAAUCACCAACAAUUACCACCUGUUACCAUUUACAAACACUCCAUUAAUGGUCCUAAUCUGAAGCUUGCAGGUAUUAAAUUCUACCUUAAUGGUGAUGGACUUAAAGAAAAUAGGAAACGUGUAACAUCUAGAAACAUAAACCUACCUGCUAAUGGACAGGUUGACGUCUACGCGUUUUACUGUGAUGAUAAUGACCCUGUCCUCAUUUAUGUUAAGGCGGAUAGAGCAGUCCCUCAAAUUGCAACAUGGUAUAGAAAACAGAAAAAGAAGAGUGGUUAUGAUUCCAAAUGGAAAAGGACAAAUCAGCUAAAUAGUAUAAACCUUUCAAACUUUGGUAGUCUUACCUGUGGGCAAUGGAGGAAACUCAAGAAAUAUUUAGAGGAACGUGGUUGUAAAGGCUUACAAGACUGUCCUGAAUCACUAGGACGUACUGAAGAGCCUGGAGAACAAGUACUAGACAACGCUGAUGAACAAUCUAGUGAGGAAGAGGAGGAAGACAGUAAGGGAGAGGAUAAUGCCCUUGUUAGACCUACUGGAGUUGUUGGUAAAGCUGAUGAAAAGCAGCAAAAAUCUCUAAAAGCCUCUGAAAAAUUUGGUGCUACUGGACGUCCUGGUCCUUCUGGACCUGCUGGUAAAAAGGGUGAUACAGGAGACGCUGGACCUAAAGGACCUGACGGUAGAGCUGGUGAUAGAGCUAGUCUUACUGGACCAACCGGACCUUCCGGUGAUAAAGGAGAUGAUGGUGAACCUGGUAGAGAAGUUCUGACCAAUCGUGCAGAAAGUGAAAACUCUAGUUGGGUAACAUCACUUACCUCUACAGUUGGAAAUUUUUACGGAAAAGCAGUUUACCCUCUUAGAUCAGUUAUAGAUGGUGGAAUUGGAUUAGGUAUUACAACUACAGCUCCUCUCCUGGCUUAUGGUCUUGCUAAAGCUACUCAUGCUAUAUCUAAAGUACUCCCUGAUGGUACUACUCAACCUACUAAUCCUGGUCAAGCUCCUAAAGAUCCUGCUCCUCCUGCUCCUCCUCCUCCUCCAUCUCAAGGACCUCAACCUCGAGCUGAAUCUCCUACUUCUGAAUCUGCUACUGCUGAUGGUCAUCCUGAACCUGCUGAUCCUGCUCUUGGUCCUGGAGGAGGAACUGCUGAAAAACUUGGUAUGGGCGUUGUUCCUGCCGCCGUUGGUAUAUGGUCCAUCUCUGGCAUAUCCUCUGGCACUCUUGCCGGAUCCGCUGCAACCUUUUUUGGAGGAUGGAAACUUUAUAAUCGCUAUAAAGGAGACCCUUGGGUUAGACACGGAUAUCCUAUGAAGUGUUUAAAGCAUGUACCAUGA